GAUUCCACUAAAGGCGAGCUGCUCGGUUCUAACACAGGCAAAGUAAGGAUUUGAACAACUUUGUCAUUCACCGGCUAACAUAUUUUUUCAUCCACCAUUGUCAUCCUACGAACUGUGGUUCAUUUUCAGCAUAGUUCUUGGAGCGAUAGUGAUGAUCCUCACCACACUACUUCUGCUUAUGUUCAGUCUGUACGAAAAACUCUCGCUUCGCACGGCCCCUGACCGUGUAUAUGCGAAAGACACACUCCCGGUGCAUAAUGACUUCAAUGCCUCGCCACGAUAUACUCCUCUCCGGUCGAUGUUAUCGACCAUUGUACUUCCGAUAUGCAGCCUGUAUUCAUUCUUUGGGUCUCUGUCCAAUUUUUUCUUUCAUCGCAAGGAUCGUAAUUCUUUGCCAGAGGAACGUUCCGCUGGAAGGUCGCGUGAACUUCCCCGUUCGGCUACGCGAGCCCCAUUCAUUUUAUGUUCGCCGUCAAAAUAGGAAAGGGACUUUUCCGUGGACCUGAGGACCCACCGCCAGUAUACCAGGGCCCGUGAAACCCACAAUAGGGAGAUGGCAUGGAAUUUAUGACUCUAUCACGCGGCCUCAGAUUUUCGUUGGCUGUAUAACCGCAAACUAGUAAUCUCGGUCCCGUAAUGAAUAAGUCAGUGUAGUGGACUCCGGCAAGUGCAGUUGACAUCGAGGGCAGACAAGUGCCUUGAGUCAGAAAUGGCUCUUCUAAGCUGGAAAUCCAGAGAACCUAGGAUAUGUCAGACAACUGUCGACGGCUGUGGACCGUCGGACUCGUGGGGCUGUGGAUAGUAGAGGGCUGUUGUUGGUGCUUGUUUGUUCCAUGACGUC